UCACUUCCGGGCCCCGCCGGCGCUGUGCGCGCUUUUCUUCCUGUUUUAUGGGUGGAUGUGCAGAGGCAGAGCAGAGGGAGUGUCGUGGAAGGAGUCGGAGAGAAUGUGGGGCCAGCAACAUGGAAGGGGCAGGCGGGAAGCCCACAGAUGUUGUUGCAGUUGUGACUGAGCCUCGAUUUACUCAGCGAUACAGGGAAUAUCUCGAGAAGCAGAAACUCCUGGAUAGACAGCACCGUGUGAAAAAGCUGCGGGAUGGCACCGUGGCGCUACCGGUUCUGAGAGAGGCCCUCCUUGAGCAGCAUCUGCGAGAGCUGCGGAAUCGUGUGGCUCCAGGCAGCACCUGUGUGCUGACGCAGCUCCUGGAUCCAGUUCCUUCAAAGAAGGCCCAGAGUUACUCACCUGCCCAAAGGCUGUGUCUUGAGGUUAGUCGCUGGGUAGAGGGCCGCGGAGUGACGUGGUCGGCCGAGUUGGAGGCUGACCUGCCCCGAUCUUGGCAACGACACGGUGACCUCUUGUUGCUGAGUGAGGACUGUUUCCAAGCCAAGCAAUGGAGACAUCUGGAACCAGAACUCUGGGAGACGGUUGCCUCGGCACUUGGCGCCCAGCGUUUGGCCAAACGAGGGCGGGUGUCCCCGGAUAGCACUCGGACUCCAGCAGUGAGUCUGCUGCUGGGCGACCACGGCUGGGUAGAGCAUGUGGAUAAUGGGAUUCGGUAUAAGUUUGACGUGACCCAGUGCAUGUUCUCCUUCGGAAACAUCACUGAGAAGCUUCGUGUGGCGUCGCUGCCCUGCGCCGGAGAAGUGCUGGUGGAUCUCUAUGCGGGAAUUGGUUAUUUUACCUUGCCUUUCCUAGUUCAUGCCGAGGCUGCUUUCGUCCACGCUUGUGAGUGGAAUCCCCAUGCGGUAGUUGCUCUGAGAAAUAACCUUGAACUCAAUGGAGUAGCUGAUCGAUGCCAAAUACACUUUGGGGAUAACAGAAAACUGAAGCUAUCAAACGUUGCCGACCGGGUGAAUCUGGGGCUGAUUCCCAGCUCUGAAGAAGGCUGGCCCAUUGCCUGCAGAGUGCUAAAACAGGAUGCUGGAGGCAUUUUGCAUAUUCACCAAAAUGUGGAGUCUUUCCCAGGGAAGACUCUCCAGCCUCCUGGAAGCAGUGAGAUGGAGGAGCGUUGGCCUUCUCCUCGUCAGAUUAUCAGCAACCAGUUGAAAAAUGGAGCUACCAGUGAUUCUAGGAGGAAAACGCUGUCAGUGGCCACCAAGCCAGAGUGGCAGAGGUGGGCCAAAGCUGCAGAGACUCGAAUUGCCACUCUUCUUCAAGAGGUGCAUGAAAAACAGUGGAAGACACAAAUCUUGCACAUCCAACCAGUGAAAUCCUAUGCUCCCCACGUGGAUCACAUAGUCUUGGAUUUGGAAUGCCGCCCCUAUCAUCUAGUUGGCUAGAGGAGGUGGAUCCUGAGACAGGAGGAUCUACUUGUGAAUGACCCUGAAAGCAUCAGCUCAGGCCAGGUCUCACCCCUCUUGUCUCCUGGUAAUCUAAUAUUUUGUGACCCUGAAAGCAGGCCCUCAAUCAAUACAUAUAAUUUCAGUUGUCUUCCAUUAACAUACUAACAGAAUGAGCCACAUAUCUGGGAGAAAGCAGUGUGGCUCAUUGAAAUGAGACCUGUCUGCACAGUUACAAGGUCUGAAUUCUGACCUCGGUUCUGUCAAGUGGAAGACACAAUGCAGUUUUCAAGAUCACUGCAGCUGUAAUAUGGAAACUUGCCUGGAGUGGUGCCAGAAUGGAAGCAGGGAGAUGGGUGAACAGGGCUUCUGUGGUUAUUGAGGCAUGAGAUGAUGGUGGCUUGUACUAUGGUGGUGGCAAUAGGAGGAGAAUGGACUUGAGAAAUAAAAUCUGUCUAAGCAGUGGUGUCCAAAGCAAGACAGAGUGGUGCUGUUUGGUUAUUAUGACUGACUAAAUUAGGGAGGGACGAAGACAACACUUAAUCCAGUGUACUGACUCCAUUCCCUACUUUAAAAUUCCUAAAUGAGUGUGUGGGGAGCAGGGUGGGGAGAGUGUGUCUUAUGUUAGGUUUAUGGUGGCAGAGAAAGUGUUAAAGAAUGACUACAUUAAAUGAUAGGAAAACUAGAUUUCCAACUGUAGCUUGUGCAGUAGCUGCCAAUUGCUAGAUAUUUUUUAAAGUUUGAGUUAAAAUCGAGGAUCUUUACAGGCCCCAAUUCCCUUUCCAUCUUCCUUCCUGGCAACAUCAGGGCCAACAUAAGGAGCCCUAAGGAAUGUCGGAAAUUGUGAGUUUUCCAGUCCUCACCUUGGUUUACUGUUGAAAUGACUAAUUAUAGGGAGUCAGUUUACCUUUGGGGUGACUAAUAGUCAAGAAUCACCUUUCAGAGCUUUGUUUUGGGGCACUUUGAAGCCAUAUGGGCCUGUUUGCCUGAUGAAAGAAAUACAGAAAAGUGUGGCUUGGGGAUUCAUGGUGGCCUAGUGGUUAGGAUUCCAGGCUUUUACUACUGUGGCCUAGCUUCAGUCCUUGGUCAAGGAACCAAGAUCCCAAGAGCUGUGUGGCCUGGCCCAAAAAAAAAAAGCAAAGUGUGGCUCAGGAUUGUGAUUGUACCUGGCGUUGGGCUGGGUUGCCUGUCCUUCUCUUGCAGCAGUGGCAGUAAGGACAGGAUUGCUGCUGUGUGUGUUAUUCUGCAAAUAUUAAAUGCCUGCUGUCUACAUGAGCCACAGGAAAUAUGAAGAGACAUUAGAUGCUGUCUCUGAGGGGCUCCCAAGCUAGCAGUGGAUGUAACAAAUGCAGAGAGUUGGGACACAGUCAGUGCCAUGUAGGUGAUAAUUGUCGUGGGAAUGUGAAAGUGUGGAAGAAAAGCUCUCUCGGGGAGGUCUUCAGAGAGGUAGUGUUUGAAGUGGGUCUUAAAAACGGGGUGAGAUUUUGUUAAGUGGAGUUGGUGUGGAAGCAGGUGCUGCUUGAAGAGACUAACAGGUGCUAGUUUGCUCAGAGAGUGUUUGAAGUGGUGCCAGUAGAUCAGUUUGGAACAGAAGCAGCAGUGAGACGCAGGCUGAAGAUGAGUGUUGAUGUUGGAGUUAACAACUGUACGUGUCCUGAAAGGAAGGUGUUUGAGUUUAAAUGAGUUAACAUACGGUAACUGUCAUCACACUGGUAUAUCUUGAAUAUUUCCAUCAGUCUUUGUAUGAGGGUAACGACCAUUUCCCAGUUCGCCUGUGAGUGAUUGCUACACAUCUGCUUUACUUAUAGCAGAAGGUCCUUAUUUUGAAGGCCAUUCACUGGCUAAUGAGGAUGUUCUGUGAAUUCUGCACAUCAGGCACUGGGUAGAGGGCCAGGGACACAGUUUUCUCCAAGCACUUGCCAGAUGGCCUGACCCAGAAGAGACGUCUAAUGAAACCAAGGAAAAAAGACUAAAGGAGUCAGGAGGCUCACUGAGUUCCUUACAGAUUCAAUCUAGGAAUUUGUAGAAGCUCUAAAGCUUUCCUUCUUAGGUGUCAGUAUUAGUUGCUGAUUAAUGCUCCCACUUGAUGGAGAAGUUGUGAUUAAAAAGCAAUAAUUUUAUCAAACUCUUAACUGUAAGCUGUAUUCAUUAACUCCAUAAUUUUAAUAAAUUAUAUACUUGUAUUAAUA